AUGAAGUUCGCCUGGUGGACCUUUUUUCUCCUUUCUGCCAGAAACCUUUUUCCCCAGAUCCUGCGCGUUCUCACACCUGCGCAGUCCCGCUCCUCGUCGCCAUCCAUUCACACACUCGUUCUCCACUCCUGCGGCCCUCGGUGCAAAUCCCCUCUCAAACCUCGGUUGAUUCCCGACAAUUCUUUGUUAAAGCCAAAGCCAUGACCACUGUUUCCAGUCCACGCAAACCCUCCCACGCCGGUGUGAAGAUGACGUCGGAUGGCGCCUCCGUUGCCAAAAGGCUGCAGAAUGAGCUCAUGUCUCUAAUGAUGGCAGGUAUACCAGGGAUUUCAGCCUUCCCAGAUGCUGAUGACCUGACGUGCUGGACAGCCACGAUUCACGGAGCACCAGGAACGGUGUACGAAGGCCUUAAAUACAAGCUGUCCAUGAAAUUUCCUGCAACAUAUCCUUACAAUGCACCGACCGUCACCUUUAAAACACCAUGCUUCCAUCCAAACGUGGACAUGAAUGGUGGAAUAUGUCUGGACAUUCUUAAAGACAAGUGGUCAGCCGUUUACACAGUACAAACGAUUUUGGUGUCUUUGCAGAGUUUGCUUGGAGAGCCGAAUAACGAUAGCCCGCUCAACAAUGAAGCUGCGGAGCUCUGGGAUCAGCCCGACCUGUUUCGAAAACAGGUGCUUUCGGUACAUCCUGGUAAUGACGAAUAGAUAAUUUUUUGGUUUUGUUUAUGAUUGUGGUUGUUGGGUGUACAAAAGUGAUUUCUUGGGUUUGCAUAUAUAGAACUAGACCAAAGUAUCUAGUAGGCGUACGAGUUGUUUUCAAUUGUACAAAAGUCGAAACUGAGGAGGAAUAGAACGCUGUGUGGUGGCAAGA